AUCACCUCCUUCUGCUUGCUAUCACUACCACGUGUAGAUCAUCACCUCCUUCUGCUUGCUAUCACUACCACGUGUAGAUCAUCACCUCCUUCUGCUUGCUAUCACUACCACAUCAUCACCUCCUUCUGCUUGCUAUCACUACCACGUGUAGAUCAUCACCUCCUUCUGCUUGCUAUCACUACCACGUGUAGAUCAUCACCUCCUUCUGCUUGCUAUCACUAA